CAGUUAUUGUGAAAGUGAGAACGGAAAUCCGUGUUAUUACCAGGCAGGCAACAGUGGAGCUGCUCGGUGGGAACAGGAUGCUGUCAGGCCGAAUAGACGCAUCGACCUAACGGAGAUAAAACUGCUGCAGCAUCCUUUGUUCUCUGGAGCUGGAUAUCCUGGUUGUGUGGCCAGUUGAAGGGAGAACUGAAGUGAGGGUGGAGAGACAGCAAGGCUUUCCUUUCCCACAUCCUCUGCAUUUCUUUGGGCCCUGUGGAAGCACUCAUCCACACUGCACCAAACCACCCCUUUCCCUCCUUUCCAUUCUGUUACUGCACUUGGUCUCUCUCUUCUCUAUCCAUCUAUCUUGCUUGUUGAAUAGGUCAGUGGAACCUGAGCACCACAAACCUCUAAGUAGUGCGAAGUGAGUAAAGUAGCCUGAAGUCAUUAAAUAAGGUUGUAAAACCACUAACAGAAAGAGGUCAUCAGACUCAGGCAAUGCACUAGUAUAUUUUAUGCAGUACUUCACCAACCCCAGCCCAGAGUCUGGUUCAGUCCCACAGGGGUCCCACAGGCAAUGAGGAGGGUCAGGAGCUUUAUCUCUUUCUAGACGUUCUCCUCUCCACCUUGUGUCUUCAUGUUUUGGGGGUCUUCCAGUGCCCUCACCCUCUGUCAGCCCCCUCCCCACCCUCUGCCACCACGGCCGGCCACCCCAGUCGCCUCAUUGCCAUGCCGACAGAGACACUGGCUCCAGCCCUCCCAGAUAGCAAGGCCGCUGGCCCUGCAACACCCUUCAGUUCUACUGUACCUCUUCGCAUCCUCAAUAAGGGCCCUGAAUACUUUAGGAGACAGUUUUGUGUGGAGGACUAUAGAGGAUGGACGUCGGUGGGAGGACACAACUCAAAAUCAGGUGGAACCUAACCUAAAACGCCUCAGUGCUGUUGAGAGAUUAGAAGCUGACAAAGCCAAGUAUGUCAAGAGCCAGGAAGUUAUCAACGCCAAGCAAGAACCAAUAAAACCUCCUGUGAUGGCCAAGCCUCCCAUUGGCCACACCCUCCUGUCAAAGAGAGGGUCUGGGAUUGGUGGAGGAGAAUGUGGAGGCGGGGUACCUUUCAAAGUAUCCAAUAACAAUGCCAAGUCAGACACAUGUGCAACAAGCAGCAGCAGCAAAUGUGAGAACUUGAACCUGGAGAUCCUAAAAAAUCUUUUGAACUCAUCAUCCUCAGCAGGAGCUGGAUCUGAAGGAAUCGGAGGUGGAGCUAAAAGUGCUGUACUGAUGAGGUCAUCAGGAGCAAUGGCCAGGAGUUGGACACCAUCAGGGAUGCCGUUAACCUACCGAUCUACAAUGGCACUUAAUGAGCAACUACCAGACUCAGCUCCCAGUCCAAGCACCUCACACUCCCUCCGAUCAUUCUCCCACUCCCUAAAGGUCCCUCCAGUUAAUAGCAGGGGGCAUGGUUGUUCACAACAGGGAGGAAACCUCAACCUUAGCAGAAGAGUCCUGGAUGAGAGAGGAGGUGAAAGAGGAGUAAUUGACCGUUCUCGCUCCCCACUACCACCUCUGCUCACCUCUCACUCCUCAUCUGACCUCCUGCGACUGUGUAAUGGCAAGCCACUCCGGACUGCUCGAUCCAGCAGCUCCUCAGCUCCACCCCUACCUCCAAAGCCCAAAUCUGUCUCCAUCCCUCCUCCGGCACUUUCCUUGUCGCUGCCUCCCCCUCAUCCAGCUCCAUCCCUCUUACCCUGUGACAACACCUCUCAGUCACUACCUUGUGGUUUUGGAGACCCUUCCAAUACUUCAACCGAUCCUAACCUAGAGCUUGAGCUUGGUUCAUCUGUGGCUCGUCGCUCCUCGCUACACAGAUCUAAAUCAGACUUGUCAGACUGCUACGCCCGUGCUGGAGCUGAUGUGGAGCGCUUUUUUAACUACUGUGGCCUUGACCCAGAGGAGCUGGAGGCAGUUGGUCCAGAAAAUUUUGCGCGAGCCAGCUCAGAUAUUGUCAGCCUGAACUUCCGUUCAGCUUCUAUGAUCUCCUCUGAUUGUGACCAGUCAAGGCAAUCCUCCAACGAUGGGCUGUCAGAUGAGGAUGAGGGUGAAGAUGAGGAAGAGGCUGGGGAGCGUGUUCCAUAUGGCAUUUCAGCUGUCGAACGGAAUGCAAGAGUCAUUAAAUGGUUGUACAGCAUCAAGCAGGCGAGAGAGUCACAAAAAGUUUCACAUGUUUAGGACAAGCAGUUUCAGACUUUACUAGAGAGACCAGAAUUUCUCACAGGUUUAGAGACUGUGUCCUGGAGCUGAACUGGAAAUCUGUCUCAGACUAGACAGAUGAAUGGAUGGAUAUAAGAGAAAGUCUGACAAGUCUAGGACAGGCUAGGUAAGAAAACAAAAUUUUGUUUAGAAAUUAAUUGCAGAGAGGAAAAGGACUGUAAUCUUCCUAUGUCU